AUGCUGCAGCCACCCCAUAGAGUUCCAGGAAGCUUCACCCGCGAAGCCUCCGGCGUGGUCAAGGCAAUGUUUGUGUUUAACAACGUCACGUACGAGUUCGUCGCAACACUCGCCGCCACCCUGGAUCCCUUCACCACGAACAACGUCAACCUCACGUUCAGCGGGGAUGUCGAUGACUUGGUAGGAUAUCACCACAUCACGGGCUACAUCGGGGACAAGACCUUCUCAGUCGACAUCAAAGACGACUAUAAGAACACAAAGAUCACCGGCGACAUCAAUCCUCUAUUCUACACCUCCCGUGUGCAAGUUUCCGGUUUCGGAGUCUGGGCGCGGGUCAAGACCUAG